GUUUUAACUUUGCCGCCCUCUAUAAUAAUAAGAGAAAGCCGACGCGCGCCCAAUCCUCGUUCUGUCUUUCGCAAGGCGCCUUUGCACUCCCAGAAAUGAAGGUGAUUGCAGCGUAUUUGCUGGCAGUGUUGGGAGGGAACACAUCCCCUUCAGCUGAUGAUAUAAAGAAUAUUCUUGGCUCAGUUGGGGCUGAGGCUGAAGAUGAGAGGAUUGAGCUUCUCUUAAAUGAAGUUAAUGGCAAAGAUAUUACCGAACUAAUUGCUGCUGGAAGAGAAAAGCUGGCCUCAGUUCCAGGCGGCGGAGGUGCGGUUGCUGCCGUUGCUGCACCUGCUGGUGGUGCUGCAGCCGGUGGAGCGGCACCUGCUGCUGAGGCAAAGGAGGAGAAGAAGGUGGAGGAGAAAGAGGAGUCUGAUGAGGACAUGGGUUUCAGCUUAUUCGACUAAAAGGUCUGAAUUGCUUUGUUUAUCAGUGGCGUUUGCGGCCCUAUUUAGGGUUUUUGUCCAUUUACACUAUUUUUACCUUUUACCGAAGUUGCAUAUUAUUAUUUUAGGUUGGUUUGGUUGAGACUUAUCUUUCGAAACAAUAUAAUAGCAGCUUCUCUGUUAUGAAUAUUUUCAAUUUCACUUUGCACGAACUUUGGUGAAGUUUCAUAGUGAUACGUUUCGUGAAUUUUAAUCCUUGUAUGAGUAACAACUACCUGUGUUGCAUUUAUGAUUCCUGCGGGA